CGUUCGUUUGUGGCAAGAGAAAAAGAGCGGCCAUGUUGAAUUGCCAAGAGGAGACACAAUAGAAAAAGACGUGCAUUUGAAAAGAAUUAAAUAAAUAAAACAAUUUAAUUUAUGGUUAGUUAUAAGCUACAACUGAAAAGAAAAAUAAUUUGCCAGGACAAGAGGUUUUUGCAGAUUGGAGUUUUGGGCCCAUAGAAGUGACCACACGUCGCAGUUCGCUCUCCCACAGGCUCAGAGAGUAGGGGAGACCACUGGAUAGGCAGAGAUCAAGGAAACAGGAGCAGAAGACACUGUCAAACAAAGACCAAAAGGGCCACAUAGACCAGUUUGCUUUCAGACCACCAGUGGUUUAUGCCGUACAUUUUAUUUCAGCAGAAACUUUGAAACCGAUGCACAGGUCUAAUCUGAAACGGCUGAAUAUUGGAAGACAGAGAUACAUUUAAUAAUUGAACCUGUUGGGGUCAGAAAGCCACUUUACAAUAAAGUGACUUUAAAAGAGAAGGGAAAAAAGUGCUCUAUUGGUAAAACAAGUAUAAAAAGUUUGAGUUUUUGAGUUGAAAAAAUAUUUCCAGAAACUGUUUCUUCAGUUCAUAUUGCCUUAGCAGUUCUAAUCUAGGACUUACUUUACCACUGUACACGCUCAGAUAUAAUUUUCUAUAUUGUGUGCGAGUAUAUAAUAUAUUUAUUUAUAUAAAUUGUAAUUUCUCUUCUUUUGGAAGAGCUGUUGUGAUAUUUUUUCACAUGUACAGUGCUUCUUUAUUUUUAAGAGGUUUGUGCUGUACGGACCAGUUUGUAUAUAUAAGAGUAUUAUGAAGUUCUAACAUAAAAAAAAAAAAAAAUUCAAGAGUACGUUUACAUUACAAAAAAGCAAUACAAUCAUAGAAAUAAAAUUUGUGGGGAAAACCUGUCAAGGGAAAUCGAAUCUAGCUCUUAGUAGUUAAGAGGUCAGGGAAAAGACUUCUGAGAAAUGGCUACCGCAAGAACGGAGAACCUCGCCUCUGUGGUCGUGGGGCUGAACGGGCAAAUGAGGGGGCAGCCCAAACCAGCUUCCCCUCAGCCGGGACCCUUUGCACUCGGCUCACAGCCGGGGAAGGCCCCAGGUGCUCCUCCAAAAGAUGGUAUUGGCGCACAGGAUGGCGGUGGCAUCAGGUUUGGCGAUGACUGGAAGAAGAACCUGCAGCUGCCUCCUAAAGAUACUCGAAUGAGAACUUCAGAUGUGACCGCUACGAAGGGUAACGAGUUUGAGGACUACUGCCUGAAGCGGGAGCUCCUGAUGGGCAUCUUCGAGAUGGGCUGGGAGAAGCCCUCCCCCAUCCAGGAGGAGAGCAUCCCCAUCGCGCUGUCCGGCAGGGACAUUUUGGCCCGGGCCAAGAACGGCACGGGGAAGAGCGGCGCCUAUCUCAUCCCCUUACUGGAGAGGAUAGACCUGAAGAAGGACUUCAUACAGGCGAUGGUGAUGGUGCCCACUCGGGAGCUGGCCCUGCAGGUCAGCCAGAUCAGCAUCCAGGUCAGCAAGCAUCUGGGCGGGGUCAAGGUCAUGGCCACCACGGGGGGCACCAACCUGAGGGACGACAUCAUGCGGCUGGACGAGACCGUGCAUGUGGUGAUCGCCACCCCAGGCAGAAUCCUGGACCUGAUAAAGAAGGGCGUGGCCAAAGUGGACAGGGUGCAGAUAAUGGUGAUGGAUGAGGCCGAUAAGCUGCUGUCUCAGGACUUCGUGGUCCUGAUCGAGGACAUCAUCAGCUUCCUGGCCAAGGGCCGGCAGAUCCUGCUCUACUCGGCCACCUUCCCCAUCAGCGUGCAGAAGUUCAUGGCCAAGCACCUCCAGAAGCCCUAUGAGAUUAACCUGAUGGACGAGCUCACGCUGAAGGGCAUCACCCAGUACUACGCCUACGUCACCGAGAGGCAGAAAGUGCACUGCCUGAACACGCUCUUCUCCAGGCUGCAGAUUAACCAGUCCAUCAUUUUCUGUAACUCCACCCAGAGGGUGGAGCUCCUGGCCAAGAAGAUCACUCAGCUGGGCUACUCCUGCUUCUACAUCCAUGCCAAGAUGAUGCAGGAGUACAGGAACCGCGUGUUCCAUGACUUCAGGAACGGGCUCUGUAGGAACCUCGUAAGCACAGAUCUGUUCACCAGGGGCAUCGACAUCCAGGCUGUGAACGUGGUCAUCAACUUUGACUUCCCCAAGAAUGCAGAGACCUACCUGCACCGCAUCGGGAGAUCAGGGAGGUAUGGUCACCUGGGCCUGGCCAUCAACCUCAUCACCUCUGAGGACCGCUUCAACCUGAAGGCCACCGAGGACCAGCUGGUCACCGACAUCAAGCCCAUCCCCGGCAGCAUCGACAAGAGCCUGUACGUGGCCGAGUUCCACUCCGCCGACGCCGAGGCGGAGGCCGCGGGGGCGGAGCCUGAGGCCGCGGAGGCGGAGGCGGAGCCUGUGGCAGCGGAGGCGGAGCCUCAGGCCGCGCUGCUUCAGGAGUCCUGACCGGUGAGAUGCACAGGCCUGACACCAGCUUUGACCUUUGACCCCCACCCCCCACCCCCAUCCCCACCCCCCCAUGCACGGGAACCCGAGUCUGCACAGCCGGUAUGACGACACGCACAGGAGCUGAAAUCACUUCAAGCGCAGAGCGUACCCUGCAAAUUGACUUCCUUUUACUUUUGCGGAGUGACAGAGACUCGGAACGUCUCCGCCGGAAAGAAAUGGACGUUUCGUUUGGACGGGCCCGAGAGAAGACGAGAUUACCUGCGAGGAACGUGGCGACCGAACCGAUCUGGGGAGUGACGGGCGGACGGACAGCCCGAACGUGGAGACCAUCUUGCGGCCGGGAGCCAUUUUGUGAGAGGUGUUCCUAACCCCAGCCGUUUGUUUUCCAGGGAAACAGGACGACGCCAGCUUGCACAAAAAAGUCCUGCGCUUGCACUCGGACGUCAGGCUCUCUGAGUUGAAUCAUUUCGUUUUCACUGUGUUUCCUCCUCCAAUCCCUUUCUAAUCCGAUAUUAUGUUUCGCUGUGGUAAAGUUUCCCCGGUGAAUCGGUAGAGCAGUCCCCAACAGAAGUGUUUUUGCACAUACACCCCCCCUGCCGCGCUUGUGUUGUUUUUGCAGCCGAUUUCAGCCGUCGGCCAUGUUGCCGACCCCACCAGCCGACUCACCUUCUAAGACCGUUUCUCAUGAAGGGAAAACACGCAUGCUUCCAUGAGACCAGUUCGUGUCACUCUUCCUUUGUGACAGGACCUGAAUCAGCAUGAAGUGUACGUGUGCGAACUCACUACCUUUCAAAAUUCCACAGUCCCUCUCCAGUCACACCACUGAGCCCUGAAGCCAGUCCGUUGGCAGACCUGUUGAGCGGAGAGGAGCUUCAGAAGGCUUCAGAAGCCUCGUCCGUCGUCACGGGGACCGGCAGACUGUGCCUAUCCUAAUUCCCCAAGGCCGCCCUCGCGUUGCGUUGCGUUUGGAGAAGCGCGCUAACGCAACCUGCGGGCCAGAUGUAACGCAGCCUUGGAUUGGCCGAUGUGGUGCGAAGGCAAUGCACUGCGUGGUGCUGUAUGAACUUUCUGUUGUCGUGAAAAGUGUGUCCUGCGUGGGCUUUUUUUGGGGGGGGGGAGGGGGGUUGGGGCCAGCUCGCUGCUUUGGCGCUGCAGCUGAAGGGCACGCGGCCUCAGAGGCGAUGUCCCACCCCACACUGCGGGCCUCAAGGUCGGCGUUUGACCUUCAGCCUUUGACCCAAGGCCCGGUCCUCCCGCACCAGCUGUUUUCCUAGGCCUGGCCAGUCACGUGACCACCGCGCUACUUCAUCUUUCAGUCUCGCUGGCUGACUCGCAAGUGCCUUAAUUACUCCCCAAACGCACAUUUUCUCUCUCUCUCACACACACACACACACACACACACGCGCGCACGCACACAGACGACCAGGGCAGUGAUUACGCAAGACCAACCCUAGGCCGCAGCCUUGUUUUAGCCCCCUCUCCAUACUACAGUCACUCCUCUCAGUCCCUGGGCAUUUUCAUCUGGUCUUCCGCGUAUUUUUGGGCGGCAGCUCUCUGUGUUGACUGCGCACGCCCCCAAGCUCUUGGGUAGUUCAUUUUAAUGUCUGUUGAGCGGUGUGCCGGUCUCCUGCAUGGCCGUUUGGUGUGGAAUAGAACUUGUUUCUGUCGGAGAGGUGGCAUACCUGAGCACCAGCUGUGAACUGUUUUGUUGAAAUAUUGCAAUACUGGGGCCGCUUGGCCCUUUGAGCUCAGCAUUUCAGGUAUUUUCCGGUAUUAUGCAGUAGACCCAGAGGCGUUUGGCCCUGUUAAAGAGGUCUUGGAAUACUUCACUACAGUGUUUUGAUAUGAAGUCUGUGGACAAGUACACUGUGGAAUAAAGUUAGUUAAGUGGGUCUUGCACAGGUCAUUGACGCACAGCAGCACACGCCGUGGAAUGUAUGCAGAGCAGUACACUGGUACAGGGGCAGCGUGAAGGGGAAGUGAGGCACGUGAGUGCGGGACACUGGUGAUACAGGACACAAAAUGGCCGCAGUUUCACACGCGUGGAGGCACUUAAUAUGACAGCGCAAGCACAUUUCAGCAAAAGCUGGGGGGGGGGGGGGGGGGUUUAGUCGUGUUAAUUUGCCAUACUUUUCACAUGUAUGUAGUAAGAGAGGGUGGGGUCACAAGAACAGCAGGGCAACUUGGAUCCACUGACAUACCCCCCCCCACCCCCCCCCCAUUUUCUCUUACUUGCAAAACAUAGAAGUUGGAUUCCUUUCCAGCAUACUUUUUUGGAGUUAGUCUUGUCCUGUGCAAAUAGAUCUUCCUGCUUUGUCAAACUGGAAUGUUAAUUCUGUAAGGAAUUUGCUGUAAUUGUUCUUCAACUGGGCAGAACUGCAAGGCCAAGACAUUUAACCAUGUGACCAUCUGAAGCCCAAAAGUCAAACGGAAGUCUGUUCCACAGAUUGUGGGACUUCAGUCUUUCAUAUUGUAGCUUAUUGUGGCCCUUCUGAGCUUCAGUGCUGACAGUAUAGGGCCUGGAUGUGGGCAUGUACAGUAUAUUUGUGUAUUUUUUGUUUUGUUGGAGAAACCAAAACAUUUAUCAUCCUUUUUUUUUUUUUUUUUUACUGUUCAUCUUACUUUCAGUUCUUUCCUUUCUUGUUAAAAGAGAUGGGGAGAAUUGCAAUGUAGUUGUAACUUGAGGAAAAAAGGAGGUUUUUUUUUUUUUUUUUUUUAAGAAAAAUCGUAGCAUAUCUUCAAAACUGGCAGCUGUGAUUUCCCUCUAUCAAAGAAAUGCAUCGCAAAUGAUUUAAAAAAAAAAAAAAAAAAAGACAAACCGUCAAACUAAGAUGUUGCUUUUCUUAAAGGACACUUAUUGUUGAAUCUUGUAUGUGAAGCUGGCAGGUUGGGAGACGGGUUCAAAUUGGGUGUGGUGCAGAUUCAUCAGGGUUCUUUUUGGUUCUUGCAGGCUGCAGUGUAAAGAAGGCUUCAGUCACAUAUUUAAUACAGAUAUGCAGAGAAGACUGCAAGCACCUGGCCACUGGCAGCCAGUGCAUAUGUAGGUCACCAAGUCAUUUAAAACCUUUUUCCAACUGACUUGUACUGUAGCCAGUUGAAAAACACCUUUUUAUUUUUUGCCAAUAGUCUGUUGUUCAAUUCCCUGUGCAGUCAAUAUUAGUUUUAAGUGUUCUUUUUAUAGUACAAAUGUUGAAAUUCAAAGGCCACAAACUGCGUGUCAGUUUUGAUCAAGUCUGCCUGCUGUAUCUAGAACCAUGUUUUUUUUUAUGCUUUGGACCAAUCCAUUGCAUUGACAUGUGCCCUUUUUUGCUGGUGGGACUAGAGGUGGGUUUCGUUGUGGACUGCUUUAAUUAUGUGCGCCAUGAAAAGGCCUGUCCAUCAACAUCAACGUAAUGACUACCCUGGCCCACCACUGCCUAGCGUUCAUCCUUCAUGGCUGACACAAAAUGGUGCAUUUCUCAUACUUCUGUGGCUUCUUUUUCCCGUUUUGGGUGAAACCCCAAGAUCAUAUCAUUUCACUUAGAAUUAAGAUUGCUGCACAGGGAAUAUCUGUGGAUUUUUUUUUAUAUUUAAAAAAAUAAAUAAAAAUGACCAAAAAAGUGUACUGAGUAGGGAGGCCCAGGUGGUGGUGGGAGUGGGUUUAGGUAGAUUAGAAACUCUACUGUAAAUUGUGUACAUAUUCAGUUUCAUUUUGCUUCUGAAUACCUAAGUAUUUGGUGGGGUGGAGGGAGGUUGAAGAUUUUAUGUUAUUCAGUGCUAAUUUCAGGAUUGAGAUCGAAGCAAAAACAACCAAAAUAGCCUGCUGGCCUGUGUGACAUCAUCAGUGGCUGUGCAUCGGAGGCAUUCAGUCAUUCUGAUUGGUAACUUUGUAGAGUGAGUUGAGUGAGUGAGUGAGUGAGUUGAGUGAGUGAGAGUGCAUGUCAGCCUGCGUGCAUGCACCUUUUCUGCUGAGUGAAUUGUCAACAUGAAUAGUUGCACAAGUAAAUGUGAGUGGUGUGCUUGGGGGCUUGCAAUGCUUGGGACUUUUGGCUUGCUCUAAAAUGAAUUUGGGGGGGGGGGGGGAAACAAACCUUAAAAUGCUAGAGGUUCAAAGGGAUGGGGGCAGGGCCAGAGGCAAGAAAUUCUAAAGCAUUGAGAUGAAUUUAAGGUGAAAUAUGGUAACUAGGAGUUCACGGUGUUUGUGUCCAGGAUGUGCAAAAUAAAAAUGAAUCAAGUGCAUGGUGAAAAGUUUUUAACACCAGCAGAAAAUCUGUGAACUGAUUCAGAACACAAAACCUUAUUAUGAAUAUAAACACGUGGUUCAAUUGCUCUGCUAAUUGUCAUUUAUUUUAGUGUUUUUUAAUUUUAUUUUUUAUUUUUAUCAUUUUCCCCUUCUCAUUUUAAGCCUCCAGUUUUCAGUGUUUGUAGGAAGUAUGUAUGUGUAUGUCCACAUGGCCAAUUUAAAAAAAAAUUAAAUUAGAAACAAAGCUAAAGCUUGAGGGUCUUCAAGUUAAAGGUCACGUUUUUGAUCCCUAAAAAGAAUGUUCAAAUCUAAUCUAAGAGUAGCAGAGUCAGUUAGUAAAUUCUGGAUAACUUGAUAAAAGGCCAAGACAAGUUAUUUUAAUGAAACGUAAGUGUGAGGGCCCAGUGCAAAUACACAAUGAGUUUUGUGUGCCAGUUUUUAAAAAAAUAAUUUCCUUAGCUUAAAACAUUCAUUUCGUUUUCCAUGUACAAAUGUGCUUGAGAAUGUACAAACCAUGGGUGGUUGUUUUUUGGGUUUUUUUUUUUUUCUUUCUCAAAUCCCUGCAGCUCUUUGAGACUGACAGAUGUAAACUCCUUAUACCAUGCUUGUGACACCCAUCAAGAAUGUUUAAUUUUGAAACGUGAUUUUGCUUGCAAUUCCAGAGGGCUCUCUCUGAUACCUCUCUAAACCUGGCCUAAACUGUAUUUUAAACAAAUGCUGAAAUGAGAUCCAUUGGAUUAACAAGUUUAAUAAAAACAUUUUUUAAAAGACACAUGA